AUGAGUGACCUUCAGAAAUCAUUCGCCAAGGCAAAACUGGCCAAAUUUCCGCCCGAAGCACCAAUGCCUGAGUCAAUGAGUUAUUCAGAGGAUGGAGAGGAUAGCUCUUCGGCAUCGUCAGUAUCCUCCACCGGGACCAUCAUCCCGUCUCCCACGCGCCAGCUAUUCGCCCGAGCGAGCCGACGACAAUCAUCUCAAACCUCUUUGACAUGGACAGACUUCUUUGACCAGGAGCUCUUUCUUCCAGAGGAAGUGGAUAAUUUCCAUAUUAUACAUCAUGUCUAUUUAACACCGCCAACUGAAUCAGGCCCGCUUUUUGUCAUGCACCAUGGAGCGGGUUCAUCGGGACUUUCCUUCGCCUCCUGCGCAGAAGAGAUCCGGAAGAUUCUCCCAAAGGCAGGAAUCUUGUCUCUGGAUGCACGAAGCCAUGGCCGCACUGUCGUGACUACAUUAGACAGUAAGACUGAUGACGAGGCUCCUUCUACGGCAGCGGCGGCCCAUUCUGGAUUCUCGGGGAAGGCCGAGCUGGACCUUAGUCUUGACACUCUGAGCCGGGAUCUUGUCCAUGUGAUCUACCAGACACAAACCAGGAUGGGUUGGGAGAUUCUCCCUGAUAUUAUUCUGGUUGGACACAGUCUCGGCGGGGCGGUGAUUACAGACGUCGCGAAGAAAGGAGAGCUGGGUCCGAAGCUGUUGGCAUACGCGGUGUUCGACGUAGUGGAAGGGUCUGCAAUGGAUGCUCUCCAGAGCAUGGAAAAAUAUCUUUCGACUCGUCCGACCAGAUUCCCAUCCCUGUUAUCUGGAAUUGAAUGGCAUACUCGCUCCCGUACAAUCCGGAACACUACUUCUGCUCGCGUCUCGGUUCCAUCCCUCCUAUACGAAGAAAGCGAGCCUAGCGACCCGUCCCGUCCUUGGGUGUGGCGCACAAACCUCUCCGCAACGAAACCUUUCUGGGAAAACUGGUUCGUUGGCUUGAGUAGAAAGUUCCUCGAUGCACGAGGUGGAAAGCUACUACUGCUUGCUGGGACCGACAGGUUAGAUAAAGAGUUGAUGAUCGGGCAGAUGCAAGGUAUGCGUUUCGAAAAUCCCUAUCGGCUCUCUAUGAUCAUUCGGCAUCGUACUUACUUUAGUAUCACAGGAAAAUACCAACUUCAGGUCUUCCCUGAAGCAGGCCACUUUGUUCAUGAGGACCAGCCUGUGAAAACUGCGCAGAUUCUGGCGGACUUUUACCGACGAAAUGACCGGAGCGCAUUGGUGCUUCCGCCCAAGGUAGCGGAUAUGCAAGCAUCAGCGGCAAUGAAGAAGGGAACAGGCGCUACUGGUGGCCCAACGGGGCAUCUAAGAUAG